AAGCUUUGUAACUUUGGUUUUCUCUCACCUUCUUCAAUUGUGUUUUCAGUUCCGCUAUCACCGCCACGUGGCUUCUAUAUUUCUCAAAAGCAAAAAAAAAAAACACUACUAGAGUGUGAUAUGGAUGUGCAGAAAACCCAGCAGCCUGGAGGAGGAUAAAGAGAUGCUUUGUAGCCGUGAGAUCUUCAAGUUCUUAGUGAGGAAAGAUGUGAGGAAGAUACUGAGGCGGAAGGACAGCGAUGCUGGUGAAAGAGGGAAAGCCCUAGAGGACCUGCGAUCUUCGCUCUUUAACAAAUUCUACUCGGUCGAAAGUUCAAAGCGUCAACGAAUUUGUGGCCCUGUUGCUGCUCUUACGUUCAACUUUAUCGUUGCUGUUGGUAUUAUUUUCAUAAACAAAUGGGUGCUUAAAAAUGUAGGAUUCCAGUUUCCAGUAUUUCUGACUUUUAUUCACUAUGCUGUUAGUUGGGCACUGAUGGCCAUUCUGAAUACGUUUUCCCUGCUCCCAGCAUCCCCGUCCUCGAAAUCAACCCCUUUGUCUUUGUUUACUCUCGGUAUUGUUAUGUCUUUAUCGACCGGCCUUGCAAAUGUCAGUUUGAAAUACAAUAGUGUAGGAUUUUAUCAGAUGGCUAAGAUUGCUGUCACACCAUCUAUUGUGCUUGCAGAAUUUAUAUGGUAUAAGAAGGGAGUCACUUUCUGCAAGGUGAUUGCGCUGACAGUUGUAUCUAUCGGUGUUGCGAUUGCCACGGUGACUGAUCUACAGUUCAGCCUCUUCGGAGCAUGUGUAGCAAUGGCAUGGAUUAUUCCCAGUGCUACCAAUAAAAUCCUCUGGUCCAACUUGCAGCAACAAGAGAAUUGGACGGCAUUGUCGUUGAUGUGGAAAACAACACCAAUCACUCUGCUUUUUCUGGUUUCCAUGAUUCCUUUCCUCGAUCCCCCGGGUGUCCUCGCCUUCCAUUGGAGUUUCCACAAUACAUCGGCAAUCCUCUUAUCGGCUUUCCUCGGCUUCUUGCUUCAGUGGUCGGGAGCUUUGGCGCUCGGUGCGACGUCCGCUAUUUCCCACGUCGUUCUCGGACAAUUCAAGACAUGUGUUCUGCUUCUAGGUAGUUAUUACCUUUUCGAAUCGAAUCCGGGCACAACCAGCAUUUGCGGAGCAUUUGUAGCCAUCGGAGGCAUGUCGUUUUUCACGUACCUGAAUUUAAAUGCUAAGAAGCCGCCCCCGCCGCCCCCGAAAGUCUCCUCAUCUUUGCCGAAGUCCAAGUUAAGUGAAGUUAACGGGGAGAAUCGCCAUGGAUUCGGCGAUGAUAGUGUUUAACC